AUGUUAGUGUCCAAACUCUGUCACACUCAUGUUAGUGAACACACUCAUGUUAGUGCCCACAGUCUUGUCACACUCAUGGUGCCCACAGUCUUGUCACACCUCAUGUUUAUACCCACACUCAUUGUCCACACUCUUGUCACACUCAUGUUAGUGCCCACACUCUUGUCACACCUCAUGUUAGUGUCCACACUCUGUCACACCCAUGUUAGUGCCCACACUUGUCACACUCAUGUUAGUGUCCACACUCUGCUCAUCAUUGUCCACACUCUUGUCACACUCAUGGUAGUGUCCACACUUGUCACACUCAUGUUAGUGUCCACACUCUUGUCACACUUGUUAGUGAACACACUCAUGUUAGUGUCCACACUCUUGUCACACUCAUUGUCACACUCUUGUCACACUCAUGUUAGUGUCCACACUCUUUCACACCAUGUUAGUGUCCACACUCUUGUCACACUCAUGUUGGUGAACACACUCUUGUCACACUCAUGUUAUGCCCACACUCAUUGUCCACACCUUGUCACACUCAUGUUAUGCCCACCUUGUCACACCAUAUUUAUGCCCACACUCAUGUUAGUGCCCACACCUUGUCACACUCAUGUUAGUGCCCACACCAUGUUAGUGUCCACACCUGUCACACUCAUGUUAGUACCCACACUCAUGUUAGUGCCCACACCUCAUGUUAGUGUCCACACUCAUGUUAGUGUCCACACUCUUGUCACACUAAUUGUCCACACUCUUGUCACACUCAUGUUAGUGUCCACACUCUUGUCACCUCAUGUUUAUACCCACACUCAUGUUAGUGUCCACCUCUUGUCCUCAUGUUUGUCCCACACUCUAGUGUCACACUCUGUAGUGCACACUCUUGUCACACUCAUUGUCCACACUCUUGUCACACUCAUGUUUAUACCCACACUCAUGUUAGUGUCCACACUCUUACCUCAUGUUAGUGUCCACACUCUUGUCACACUCAUUCACCUUGUCACACUCAUGUUAGUGCCCACACUCAUGUCAGUGACCACACUCUUAUCACCUCAUGUUAGUGCCCACCUCAUGUUAUGUCCACACUCUUGUCACACUCAUGUUAUCCCUCGUCACACUCAUGUUAGUACCCACACUCUUGUCACACUCAUUGAACACACUCAUGUUAGUGCCACACUCUUGUCACCUCAUGUUAGUGCCCACACUCAUGUUAGUGACACACGUCACACUCAUGUUAGUGCCCACACUCAUGGUCGUGCCCACACUCUUGUCACACUCAUGUUAUGCACCCACACUCUCGUCACACUCAUGUUAUGUCCCCCUUACACACUCAUUGUUAGUGCCCACACUCUCGUCACACUCAUGUUAGUACCCACACUCCUUGCCACACUCAUGUUAGUGCCCACACUCUUGCCACACUCAUUGCCCACACUCUUGCCCACACUCAUGUUAGUGCCCACCUCUUGCCACACUCAUGUUAGUGCCCACACUCUUGUCAUACUCAUUCAUAUUCGUGCCUACAUUCAUAUUCAUGCCCACACUGAUAUUCGUGCCCACACUCGUGCCCACACUACUACAGUCAUGGUCAC